AUGUCCCUUGAGUUUUUGUGUACUUUGUACUGAGGUUUCAACGUAAUAGAUAAUAGCGGAAUUUCCCGUUUAUUACUUUCAGUUUCACGAGCAGGAUAUAAGCUGUGGAAUAGUGUAAGAAAGUUAUACCUACACGUCAAAAGAAUACCAGAAGUCAAGAUUAAAAUGCGACCCAGGAUUCACCUUGAACUUGUUGUACGGCAUAAGAAAUAUUUGGAAGAAAAGAUACAAGUUCUGGAACCUGUCUUGGAAGUUUUGAAAAACGCUGUAGAAAAAAGUCAAACUUGGAUAGAAGAUAAAAUUGACAACCCGCCUCUCACCUACAGUGACCUUUGCCAGGAACUAGAGGCAGCUACAUUGAGUUUGUUGAAUACGUCAUCAUCUAUCAUAAAUGAAAAUAAAGACUACGUAGAUGUCGAGGACACUGCGUCAUCAUUAUCUCAGUCAACACCACAUCCUACAGCAGCAGAAAAAUGGGACCCUAGUGAAUCGAAACAUCAAGUCACUAAACACGUUCAAUCAACAGCGGAAAUAUUGAGUCGACUUGAGCAGAUAGAGACAGCCAUAUCUUCUCUACAAGACGUCAGUCGACAUGAGCAGAUAGAGACAGCCAUAUCUUCUCUACAAGACGUCAGUCGACAUGAGCAGAUAGAGACAGCCAUAUCUUCUCUACAAGACGUCAGUCGACUUGAGCAGAUAGAGACAGCCAUAUCUUCUCUACAAGACGUCAGUCGACUUGAGCAGAUAGAGACAGCCAUAUCUUCUCUACAAGACGUCAGUCGACUUGAGCAGAUAGAGACAGCCAUAUCUUCUCUACAAGACGUCAGUCGACUUGAGCAGAUAGAGACAGCCAUAUCUUCUCUACAAGACGUCAGUCGACUUGAGCAGAUAGAGACAGCCAUAUCUUCUCUACAAGACGCCAAUGUCAAGUCUACAGAUUACAUAUCAGAAAUAAAACAAUGGAGAGACAACUUUGUAACAGAACAGAGUGACAUGGGGGUAAACAUUGAACAACUGACUAAAAAACAAAAACAGAAUUUAAAAAACCUCAGAAAACAAAUGAGUGAACAAGAUAAUAAAGUAAAGGAGCUGAACAAAGAAAUUGAAAGUUUAAAAGAAAAAGAAACCAAGUCACACAAAACACUAGAGAAACAUUCUCUAAAUAUGAAAGAACAUAAAAUCAAAUUGGACAAAAUAAAUAAAGAGAUGCAAGAUCACACAAAUAAGACAGACAGUAUAACUCAAGAAAUUAAAAGACAUUCUGAUCAGAUUGUUUAUUUACAAGAAGAAAAUAAAAUCUUGGUCGAUACAACAAUGACACUUGAGAAAGUGCAAUCAAAGCACAAUGUGAUGUACAAACUUCUGCAACAAAGAUUGAUGCCUAUUGACAAAUUGAUUCAAAUCUUUAACCAGAACUUGAAAACAAGGGAACAAAGAUUACAGGAGCUUGAAAAUAUUGAAAUUACCAUUUCAAAGAUGUCCAAAGAAAUUCAUUUAAUCGAGUCACGUGUAUGUAACAGAUAUGCUUGUCAUGUGGAGCUUGAUGAUCUCACACCUGUCAGUGCUGGAUCAAUUAUUUCAACAUUUAGUGAAGUACGUGAAUAUAACGGUCAACAUUUUAAUCAAACCACAGGAACAUUUGUAUCACCACAUGAUGGUUUAUAUCUUGUCUGUGUCAGUCUACAUGAAUGUGAAGAUAAACUGAUUAGAGUUGCUGUGGUGGCUGGAGGCAAGUGUCAUACGUUUAUAGAAGUGAAAUGUGCCGACACUAGCGCUGCUGGGUCAGUGGUUGUUGACAUGAAGAAAGGUCAAGAACUUUACUUUGAAGUCACACGCUAA